AAUGAAGAGAUUUAUGGAAUCUGAAAGAUAUUUAAAAUUAAAUGAGAAACUAAGUAUAUAUUCUAUUAUAGUAUUUUAGAAAUUAAAGAUAAGAUCAUUAAUUUUUUAGAAAAUGAAUUAGCUGAUCUAAAAGUAUCAAAUUUUCAAUCAAAGAAAGAGAAUAAUAAUAAAAUUAAAUUAUAAACAAUCAAGAAUGAAUCAAAGAUUUUCAAUAAUCUAAUAAAUGAAAAUUAUUAAGGCCAAUAAAUUUAAAAUCAUGAUAAAUUGUUGCCAAAGGCUUAAACACCAAAAAAAUAAUCGUAACUCUUCUUAUAGGGAUAAAAAAUUGAUAAAUAAUUACCACAAGAGAAACAAAAAUUUAACUGGAUCGCAUAACUCAAUGAAAAAAAUAAAAAAAUUGCCACAAGUAUAGCCAGCUUAUAAGGAACUAAUUAAUCAUUUAACAAUUCUAAUUGUUCUCUAACAGAAAGCCUAAAUCCAAAUUUCCAAACAAACAGCAAUCGAAAUAUUCUAGAAUGAU